AUGGCGGCGACGGUGCCGCCAGCAAACGAUGAACCGGGCAAACUCGACCCGACUGUGGACCCGGCCGACAGCGACCUAGAUGCGGAGGGCGAAGAAGAAACCGACUUGUAUGAAAUGGAUCAACGGCUUCAGGAUGCCGUCCACAGAGCUUACACUGGCGAAGUUGAUGAGGAUGGCCCGGAGGAAGCUGCAGAUGGAAACAACUCAAGCAUCAAUGGGUUGAACGGAGAAAACGAUGACGACAACGAUGAGGCCGAGCCUGUUGGAGCUGUCAAGUUACCUGACGACGACGCGGGUUCCGAAGAAGACUAUGCGGAGUCUGAGACAGCCGACGCAGAUGCCGAUCCCGGGUUUGAGGCAAAUGACCGUGACGCCUCAGAACCUGAAUCAACUGACCACGAGUCAGAAGCUGAAGACUGGGAAGCUGAGAGCAAUGGCGGCGAGGAUAUCGAAACUGAUAUCCGUAGUGGCUCAAACUGCGUAUUUUGCAGUCAAGACGAGGAACACGACCCAAGUGAAGAUUUCGAGGAAUGGCUCACUUGUAUUGUUUGUGGUGAUCACUCCCAUUGCCAAUGCGCUCGCGAACAAGGAGCAUAUGACGAAACGGAAGACCCAUGGAGGUGCCCCGGCUGUGUUCAUAACAAUCUACAGCCCGACCCGAUAACAGAUUUACCGACAGAAACAGGACUCGGAGCUUCAGCCCUUCCCAAAGAGCUUCUACCUGCGCACGCUGGCACACACGACGAGGGAUUCCACUCUAUCUUUAACACAGGUGUCAACGACGAGAUGCUCAACAGCUCGCGAUCGCUGCGCAAGCGAAAGGCUUCGUCAAUUGAGGCCGAAGAACAUACACCUGUGCUUCGCAAAAGACUCCGACAAACAUCUUUCCGCUCCGAUCACCCAAGUUUGAAUGAUGCGGCCUUGGAAGGUGGGGAUAGCCUUGUUGAUGGCGAUGUCCACUCUCCUGCUCGGACACGCUCUGUACGCGUGCGACGCACUCGCGCAGUGGACCGAGAGCACUGCCGCGUGGUUACUCGGCAGUUUGGGAAAUUGAUUAUCGGGUUCCGGCUGGAAGAGGGGAAAAUGUCUAAAAUAACAGGCUCUCUAAUCCGACCGCAACGCAAAAAGAAGAAAGCACCAAAGCCGCCACCUGUGGCCCCAGAACCCCAGGCACACUUCGUUCCCCUUCCCCCCAUAUCCUACAACUCCAUGACUUUGUUCGACCGUGAGACCGACGACGCCAAAUCAAAGCCUUAUGGAGGGAUUCUGUCCGAAAUCGAACAAGAUACAUCCAGAACACUCCCCACACAAUUCGAUCGCGAUCGAUUCGAACAGGCACGCCUGAAAGCCGAAGAUGAGUGGCAACAGAAAGUGAAGGAAGCGGAACUUAAUGGCGAAGCCACUGCGCACGCAUCACAAAAAGUUUCUGGUCCUCCUUCAAAGAUCAAGUCUAUCAACUUCGGUGGCUACGAGAUCGAAACCUGGUAUGCAGCGCCUUACCCAGAGGAAUACAGUCGCAACCGUGUUCUGUACAUUUGCGAGUUCUGUCUCAAGUACAUGAACUCGGACUUUGUCGCCUGGCGCCAUAAACUCAAGUGCCCCGCGAAACAUCCCCCAGGUGACGAGAUCUAUCGAGAUCGGUCGAUCUCAAUCUUCGAAGUUGAUGGGCGCAAGAACCCAGUGUACUGUCAAAAUCUCUGCCUUCUCGCAAAACUUUUCCUAGGCUCCAAGACUCUUUACUACGACGUUGAGCCAUUCUUAUUCUAUGUGAUGACCGAGUACGACGAUCUGGGCUGCCAUUUCGUUGGUUACUUCAGUAAAGAGAAACGUCCAAGCUCAGCAAACAACGUUUCCUGCAUUCUCACUCUACCCAUCCAUCAACGCAAAGGCUACGGAAACCUCCUCAUCGACUUCUCAUACCUCCUUACCCGCAUCGAAGGCAAAAAUGGAUCGCCCGAGAAGCCGCUCUCCGACAUGGGUCUGGUAUCGUACCGGAACUACUGGCGGUUGAUUCUGUCAUACCAACUUCGUGAUUUGAAGGCACCUGUCAGCAUUGCAGAUCUGUCUGAUCGCACCGGAAUGACGGCAGAUGACAUUGUAUCUGCUCUAGAAGGACUUCGAGCUCUUGUGCGCGACCCCAUCACCAAGACGUACGCCAUCCGACUCGAUCACAAAUACUACAACGAGGUCAUCAGUGGUUGGGAAAGCAAGGGCUACGUCCAGCUCAAUCCAGAUGCGCUACUCUGGACACCUUACAUCAUGGGUCGUAGCAACCAGUCUCAUUUCGAUCGUGCUCCUAUGCAUACUGUCGCCCCUCGAGAGGAUCAGGAUGAAGAUGAAGAUGAGACUGAGGCAAGAGCGACCGACUAUGAGGGCAAUGUCCGAAUGGUGAAUGGGUCGAAUGGAAACACUCUCGCAGACUCCGCUGGACCGCCUUCCACAUUGUCUCUGCGGCCUCAUGGCCCCCACCAUUCCACAGCGGACACCUCUGAACCAACUGCACUUCCCAACCCUGCUGCCGGAAUCCCUCCCUCCCGGUUCGAACUUUGGCCUCCUGUGCCUCCCGCAGCACCCCCCAAACGCAGACCUGGUCGCCCGUCUGGUAGCACCAAACUCAAUAACAUGUCAAUGACACCCACGGCCGGCCGUAAUAACGGCCGCAACACACCUCGACGACCUUCCGGGCUGGCAAUGGUCACCCCUGGAGGCAGCAUUCGUCGCGGGAGAAGCUCUAUCCUCACGGACUCGCCAGCAGCCGAAGCAGCACCUAGCCAGGCCAACGGUGAACUGGAGCAAAGCGAAGUUGUUGAGGAAGAAGCCGUCGUUGAUGAGGAUGCCGAAAACGUGGCUCCUGUACCCAAGGAAGCUGCGGACGCGAGCGAAAAAGAACCAGAGCGUGUGAAUGGAGACUCUGCCUCUAAGGAACCUGUCAAGACCAAUGGUAUUGAUGCUGCCGAGCCCGAGCUCGCGCUCGAGCCGUCCGAGGAUAAGGAAAUGGAAGCACCCAGGACCCCCGAGAAAAAGACCAACUCCAUCUCGCGGUCACCUGGAACAGCAGUCUCCCGUCGAUCCAACGAUAACCCCAAAACACCACGAUCCGUCAACCGGAAGGCUUUGGUCGAGAAGGUUCACGUUGUGAUUCCCGCCUCGCCAGGGUCUGCUUCCAAGUCACCAGGCAAAAGCGAGGGUCAAAAGGCCGUGGCCAAUACCAAUGGCACCGACGAAGAUGCAGAAGCAGACGCAGACGCGGAUGCAGAGACUGACGCCGAGUACGAAGUGGAUGGGGAUGUCGUGAUGCAGACAUGA